GUUUAUUAAGGAUGUGCUUAGUGACGUCACAACAAUGGCUGACUAACGCAGAUCUAAGUAGUUAUGAACAUCUUUUAAUAGCCGUGUAAUUUGUGAAUAACGUCCUACAUGAAUCAGCACAGAUGGAUAAAAAGAAAAAGCAGUAUGAUGUGACCGCUGCGUCCCUGGUUGAUCUCAAAGCUGAACUCUACCGGAAGCAAGAGGAGUUUAGGCAUGAAAGAUUGGCAUCUGAUUCAGCGGAGAAGCCAAAAUCUAAACUCACGAAGCCCAACAUCUGGAACAAGCAGAAUGAGGGCGUAUCCGUACGAGCCCAGAAGGAUGUGGAACAGGCAACUGAAGAGGAGGACAGCCUUGAAAAAUCAAGGCGCAAGCUGGAGGAAAAGACCCGGCUGUAUGAACAGAUGAGUAAAGGAGACUUCCCAGAUGAGGAGACAGAGAGUCAGUUCCUGGUGGAUUUCACCCAAAAGAUUAUCGAUCAGAAGAAGGCCCUAGAGGUGCAGCCCAAGACGACAGACGAUUCUGACAGCGAUGGAGGGGGGAAUUGUGAAACGCUUGGGCACAUUCCCCUAGCUAGUCACCCGGAUGAGGAAUGGGUGGAUUAUGUUGAUGCCCUUGGUCGAUCUCGUAGAUGUAUGAAGAAAGAUCUGCCAGAGUUCCAAAAACUUGACCAGGACCUUCAUGGCAAGAGGUUUGAGAAGCCUGGUGAGAAAACACUGCUGUCAGAAGACAUGCGCAGGGAGCUGCAGCGACAGCAGUGGGAGCAGGAGGAAGAGGAGGCGAUGAAGAGACCGGUUGGACCUGUGCACUAUGAGAAUAUCCGAGACCAAGAGGCUCGAGAGCUUGGUGUGGGUUACUACGCCUUCGCUAAAGAUGAAGCCCUCCGUACAAAGCAGAGGGACACUCUGGAUAUGCUGAGGGACCAGACCACAGAUCAGCGUGCCAAGAGGGAGAAACUCAAAGACAAAAGGAGAGCUGUACUUCAGUCCCGGCUGGCUAAGGUGAGGCAGAGGAAGAUGAAGAUUAUGAAGCUGGAUGUCACAGAGACAGAAGAAAGGGCAGAAGAUGAAGGCAAAGCUGAGGAAGAGAUAAUUGGACCUCAGCCUACAGUUGAAGGACCCCCUAGACCCCCUCCUGGUCUGCCUGCUCCUGUGCCCUCUGGGCUAAAUAAGGUGGUGGUGGAGAUCCAGGAGAGGAGGGACACGAAGCCCGGCGUGCCCCACGUUCGGGAAUGGGAUCGGGGAAAAGUUUCCUUCGGCAACUGGACCAGCCAGCGGCGGCAGGAGCGGGAGCCAGAGUUUGCCCCUCCCACUGCAUACUUCAGUGACAGGGGGGCGGCAAGGAGUGGGUCAGACUGGGGCCCACAGAAGGCCCCCUUUCGCCAGCCAUGGUCCCAAAGCAGCACUGCACAGUCACAGAGCCCAGCUCAGGAUCCCCCAGGGGCCCCAUCUAAGAGCCUGGAUGACAUGCUUUCAUUUUACAAACAUUCCACUUAAGGGAAUUCUGGAAGGGACAAUGAAGGGACAAUCACCUGUCAAUGAACCAGGAAUGCGUAGUCAUUCCUGGCAGAAUUCCUGUCCUUGGGGAGAAGCCCACCCUGUGCUUAACACGCACACCUACAACCUAGUCAUGGGGGCUCUUCGGCUUCGUUAAUGGGGUGUAAUGGAUCUAUGAUCCUAGUUUCCAUUAUGUUGACUAUUAAAAUUGUGUUGUUAACCACA